AUGCACAAUCAUCAGACUAGUAUUGGUGAUGAAUCAACAUCAUCAUCAUCAUCAAAUAAUACUACAACCGAUUAUAAACCAGCAUUAAAUGAACUUUUACGAAUUCAACAACAACAACAACAACAACAUGCUGUCGUUGAAGCACAACAAUUAAAUUAUGUAACUCUUGUACCAGUUCAAUCACUUGCAACUACAAAAGUUGAAUUAGAAACACCAACAAUGCAUUAUUAUGACAAUGCACAACCAUUGCCCUCAUCAAAUUAUAUGUUAACACAAUCACCUUAUGAUUUAAAUCAUACUAUUGAAACAACCAAUGUUGAUGUAGUGUCAUCUGCAACACGUCAACCACCAACUACAAUGCCAGCAACAUCGGGUAAUCGUCGUGGUAAUGCACCAUCUAAACCUCCCUAUUCUUAUAUAAGUCUUAUUACAAUGGCCAUACAGCAUGCACCAACAGGCAUGGUAACAUUAAAUGAUAUUUAUCAAUUUAUUAUGAAUGUAUUUCCAUAUUAUCGACAAAAUCAACAACGUUGGCAAAAUUCUAUUCGUCAUUCAUUAUCAUUUAAUGAUUGUUUUGUUAAAGUUCCACGUGGACCGGAUCGACCAGGUAAAGGUUCAUAUUGGACAUUACAUCCUGAUGCCGGUAAUAUGUUUGAAAAUGGUUGUUAUUUACGGCGACAAAAACGUUUUAAAUGUACAAAACAAGCAUCUAAAACUCGAUCACGAACAUCCAAUAAUGGACAACAACAACAGUCAACAUCGAGUAUUAUAUUAACAAGUAUGAAUAAGACUGAUCCAUCAGCAUCAAAUACUGAUGAAUCAGACGAUGAAAAUGAAUCUAUUGAAAGUGGCAAUGCUAGAGAUGAUGAACAUCGUCAAUCAAUGACUAUGGAUGGCCAAGUUCAUAUGCCAUUAACAAGAACAUCAUCAGCAACUCCUACACAUAUAUCUCUUAAUCAUUCAACUGUAACUAUUAACCAUUUUACUGCACCUAUACCGAAACUUUUAUCGACAAGUGAAGAUACUUAUCGUCAACAAAAUAACAAUGGUGUUAUGAUUUCUCCUUCAUCAAAACAACAUGAAACAUGUCAAUCAGUUCCUCGUUCUCCUCAAACUCAACAACAUCAUCCUCAUCAUCUACUUCUUCAUCAUCAUGCCCAUCAACUUUAUACAACUGAACAACAACAACAACAACAAUUUUCUUCUAUUCCUCAUACACCUGUUUAUGUUGAUUUACAACCAUUUCCAACUAGUACAACACCAACAGAUAUUGUCUAUUCCGAUAAUGGUCCAACAUCAACAACAACAGCAAAUUAUUUUACAACUGAAUCAUCACCAUCAUCGUCGACUAAUUCAAUUCAUCCGCAUUCAUCAUCUGCUUAUUAUUUUGCACAAUUUCCUCCAGCGUCUUCAUCAUCAGUUAUAACGAACAACAAUGUCAUUGACUAUCAACAGCCGGUUCGGCUUUAG